UUCGCCGCCAUCUAUCGGAUACACUCCGCACUCGCAUCUCAUCGACGCUGUUUACAUAGGAAGUUGCGUUUCUUUUUUUGUUGUUGUGUUGCUGUUUGUCCCUGCAUUAAUCAUGAAAGUUCGUUUGCUGGGUGCAUGAGGCAGCGCGAACAGGUCGGGACCAUGGCCAAGAACCGGAUGGUCACCAAGCACUGUCCCAAGUGCGAACAGCAGGUGCCCGUGGCGUGCAAGAGCUGCCCGUGCGGGCACGAGUUCUUCGCCAGCCGGCGGACCCAGGCGUCCCGUGCGGCGGAAGACCCUCCCGGGGGCCGGCGCCGCACGGAGCGGGUGCGCAAGGAGCGGCAGAGCUACCUGGCCGCCCUGGUGCUGGAGGAGCGCGCCCGGCAGCGGGCAGCGGCCCAGCGCAGGCGCCUGGGCACGAACCGCAGGGGCCGGCCCCGCAACCCCUCCUCUCACGAUGACUCGAGCGAGGAAGGCCGCCGACAGCAGGGCAGGGCCAAGCUCCAGGCUCGGCCGCCCAAGCCACCCCCGGCCCCGGUGGAACCGGAGAUGCCGGACGAGGAAGAGGAGGACAUGUUUGCGGGAGCCUCGAAGGAGAAGCUGGAACUGUAUUCGGACAUCCUGGCGGACAUCAACCGCAAGAUCUGCUCACAGAUGUUCCAGCAGCAACUGGCGCUCUGAAGGCGGCACCCGUAGAAGACGAGCACACUGCAAGUCAUGGUUGUGCAUCACAGUUCCGGUUGCGCAUUGUGGUUGUGCAUCUCGGUUGCCUGGAGGAAGGACAUUGACCAGGUUUUGCCUUUCCCGAAGACAAACAAAAACGGCCUUUAAAACCGUUGCUUUCAGUCGACAAGCGUGUCCUGGAGUUUCAACACAAACACUGAAGGGAGAAACUUGAGUAGAGUAGAUUUUAUUGCGCCGACUUUGCAUCCAGAUCAAUGUUUGUUUUUCACCCGCAAUGCACUGACAACGUUCGGACGCAGUACGCCCUUUAAGGAGGUUUCAGUUUGAUGUUUGCAUCUGCCCUCCGAGCCAUUCUUGAACCAGAGAAAUUGUCAGUGGUGUGCGUAUGUUGCUAGACACGUUUGCAAGCUUGGCCUCAGCGUGCCGCCAUCUUGCUCACUUGGGAUGCGCUUGGACGCGGCUACGAUCCGAUUAUCACGCCAUAUUUGGAUCGUAGCCGCGCCCAAGUGCACCCCAACUGAUCAAAAUUGUGGCGCCCUUAGGCCACACUUGCAGUCAUGUAUGUACAAGCUGCUUUCGCUGUCCUAUAUAUUUUGAGCACUCCACGCUGUUUUGGCACUGUGGGAAGGUGGCUUGAACCAACAAUUCCGGAAGUGGCUUGACUAGCUGCUUCUGAAUUUCACUCAUUACCUUUGACUGCAAGCACCACACUUGCUUUGUAGAGCGCAGCUUAUACUUGGCAUCGAAGAUGGGUUCCCUGCACCAAACAGUUUGUUAGGUCAGUGCUCGUUGCGCGUGAUUCUUUGCGCCGUUUGCGUCCAUGGGGCACGAGCCUUGGAGCAAGUCCAACAGAACCAUUCUGACGCGCUUGCUCAAUCGUGUCGUCGGCGAAAAAAUCAAAACAACCAGUGCCGACCAGGGAGAACAAGAACCUAAUUGCUAGUACUCGCAUGAUAAAUGUGGGCCUUGGCCUUUUGCAUCUGUAAAGUCGUUAUGACAGUGAACUAAUUUGAUUGUCCCUGCAUCGCAAACAGGCUCGUAUUACCUUUGGAUUGGUACGGAAAUAGGUAAGCAGGAAUGUGAGAGCUACCUUUCCCGAGUAUGAUCCAGCAUCACAUUGGCACUCCUACAUCCUUCCAUUGGCAGGAGCAGCCAAGCGCUACCAUACAUAGUCGCAGUGGACAGUCUGAAACUGCGUUCUUUUUGCCGGUUCACAUCACACGUUUACAUUCUCGAAAUUGUACCGUUUUUUGUUCUGUCUUGUGGGAGCUGUGUUUGCACUGCCUGGUGUGCCACGGUGAGUUUUCCCUUCACCAUUUCAGUGAAGUGCAGAGGAUCGAUGGACAGUGUCUGUUGGAGAAGCUUCCCUGUACAAACCUUGACGAGACAAGUUGGUUGCACACAGUUGCCAGGAUGGCAGGCCGACUUAGUCUGGAAUGUUUGUUUCUCUGUCUGACUGGUGCGAACGGCCAGUUGGGGUUGAUUUAAACCUGGCAAACAAAUUGUGUGUGACGUCGCCCCAUUUCAGUGUUGCUAUAAUUUGUCUCGGUCUGACUUUGGAAAAGACGAAGGUCACAGCCCCCGUGAGUCAGUUGGCGUCGGAAGCGAUGCAAGCAACCGUCGUAGUGUACUUAUGUGCAGAGCUGUCGCGAGUUUCGUUCUUCAGCGUUAGCCUUUUGCAAUGACAUACCCAAUUCACACAAAACAACUGCAAAAAAAAAAAAAAAAAAAAAAUUUGGACAUUUCUUUUUUUUCUGCAGCGUACAUUUUAGUGACACUCCACAAAAUUUUCUCUGCAGCACAGCGACAUUGGCAGCGCGACUGCGAUUUCAAUCGCAAAAUGAUAGGAAUCUCGCUGCGAUUGGACAAAUAUUGUACCAUGUGAAAUGGGCUUUGGACUGAGGCAGAGUGUAGUAGGAAACAAAUGCAAGAAUGUUUCCUAAUAUCUGGGACAAUCUUGGUGAGGCUGCAUUGCAGCAAAACAUGUAUGCGAGUGGAGUGAGCCAACGGCUUUCCUGGUGAGAGAUUUAAUGUGUCCACUUGUGGACAAUAUUACAGGAGUUUGGUACAUGGUGAAUGGUGAACUUUUGUGGGAAAAUGAUGGUGCAUGGAACUAGAAAUGUUCCAACAAAGUGUAGUAAGGCACAUUCAAGUUCAGGUGAAACAAUAUCCGAGAAAUUCUGAUAGACCCAUAAAUUGUCUAAAAAUAAAUCUUGACAUUAAAGUCCAUUAAUUAAUCCUGUAUGUAGCAGAGUGAAACGUUAAAAAAAAGAAAAAAAAAACACCUGUGAUGCAUUUUAUUGUGCCCUCUUGCAUUCUCUGGGGGUGAAUUUAAGUUCUAAACCUUUGUGUUUGCAUAACCAAGCAGUAGGUUUGGUUGCUCCAAAGUGAAACCAACUAUUAGUCACGUUUUAAUUUGUCUUUACCUUAGAAACCGACAUGUGUCUACUUUGGGUGUGAGAACCUGAGAAGGAAAAAACUGCUGUGGCCUUGGUAGGAGUUAGGUCAGAGAGACUCGAUGACUUGUGCAAUAGUGCGACACUGAUGUGAUGUGUGAUGCAAGAUAUGUUUGUAAAGUCAUUGCACAUGUGUUGCCACUUUUGGCACUUUUUUUUUUUUUUUUCUCGUUGCAUAUGUGAUUGAUCAUUUCUAAACACCAGUGUUUUGGGGUCUGGCUGAUUUUGUUGCAUGUAUUUUGAGUAGAAAGUUCACUAAUGCUCAUUUAUAAUAUCUUAACCAUGUCUAACAUCCUGUCCAAGGGCAGAUGAAAAUGGCAAGAAAUGUUGCAACUAACCCAGCAUUGUCUGUUGUUUUGUAAAGCUGCGAUGAUAAAACUGCAUGCCUGCACAGCACAUGGUGGUAAUUUUCAUACAAAAUUUUGUUCCAGAGUUGUGCGUGGCCUCAUAUUGUCUAAUUAAUUUUCGAGGUUAAUAAGAAUGUUUAAAAGGCUGUAACUGCUGCGAGAUCCAAAAAGUGUCAUGGAGCUCGUCUUGGUGAAUCGUGGCAGCACUAUCGCAAAAGUGUAAUCGGUAGAUGGAGGGUAACGGUCUUGUUUACCAAUGUGCAUUUCAAAUGACUACCUGGGUUAGCAGCAUGCUAGGAUUUGUUUGGUCAGCUAUAUUGGCUAUGUGCCAAGAAUGUCCUGCGGGGCUCUUUUCCCCUCUUAUCCUUUCUUAUAAUUAGCAUCAUGCACUCCAAGUCUGCAACAUUUUAUCCUCCUAGAUAAACAAUCUGACUAAACAGCACUACUGGUUCAGCCGCAACAUUCUUCCUGGCUAGUUGCACUAGAAUAGGGCACAUGCUCUGACAGGCUCGAAGUGCAGCCGGGUGCAUACGCUCCUUGUGAUAUCAUUGGGUUCGGUAACAAUAGCGCAAAGACGCGCAACAUUUCAGUUGCUUUCCUUUGUCCUCGUAGUCAUUACUGUAGUGUCAAUAACUUCGGAUAUUUUUUUUUAUAUUAACAAUACUGUGCAGUGUACCUCGUUCAGUGUGUUUUAGCUUAAAGAACUGCUGUUGCUUAAACAAUGUGUGUGGAGCCUUAUCUUUGAUACAUAUUUUGUGUGCAUUGAUUUUUGCUGCUCUGCCUCAUUCGGUUGACUACAAGAACAAAUGGUCGCAAAAAUGUUUUUUUUUUUUUUUUUUUUGUUAAUACUGUGAGCACAUAAACAGAAUACUGUUUUC